AUGGUGGCUCCGGCCUCUACGGGCGCGAUUUCGACAGGCGUACAGCCUCCAGCGAACCGUCAGCCCACUCGAUCGUCGAGCACCCACCCGUCGCAUUCUCACAAUGUACCCUUGAGCGCUCGAAGGUCGGCACCCCUCGACUUAUCUACGGUCGAACGACGAGGACAGCCCAAUGCUCCUCGAGAGCCCAGCAAACGAAUUCGACCCCAUGGCUUACAGGAAGCUCCGACGUUCCGUCCGACAGAGGAAGAAUUCAAGGAUCCCUUGGAAUACAUCCGCAAGAUAGCGCCCGAGGGCAAAAAAUAUGGAAUCUGCAGGAUCAUUCCACCAGAGAAUUGGCAGCCGCCGUUUGCGAUUGACACAGAGCGAUUUCACUUCAAGACACGUCGGCAGGAGCUCAACUCGGUUGAAGGAGGAACCCGUGCAAACUUGAAUUAUCUCGACCAGCUGGCCAAGUUUCACAAACAACAUGGCACCAACCUGAACCGAUUCCCUAGCGUGGAUAAACGUCCCUUGGACCUAUAUAAGCUCAAGAAGGCCGUCGAAAUACGUGGCGGGUUCGACCAAGUCUGUAAAAUGAAGAAAUGGGCAGAGAUUGGGCGUGAUCUCGGGUACAGCGGCAAGAUCAUGUCCUCGCUGUCGACCUCGCUCAAGAAUUCGUAUCAGAGAUGGCUUCAGCCUUACGAGGAAUACCUCCGUGUGGUCAAACCGGGAGUGCAGCAGCAACUGGAGUUAGAACAUGGUGGUCCCUACACACCGUCUCCGAACCAGUCGCCUAUGGCGAAGAAGCCCGUCUUGUACGACCACAUCACACCAUCCACUACGCCCCAAGCUCCUCCGAGUAUUCCGGUCGCUGGUGGUCCCCAUGGUACUCCAAAGGAAAUUGAAGCCACUCCUGAUAAACCCACCCCUCCGGUCGAAUCCGCAGCCCCUCGGCCUGUCACGUCCGGCUUCACUCCUGUCAAUGCCGGUGGCGGCGGUUUUACUGCUGUCAAUCGGUCUCCAUCCUUCGUCGCCGUGAAUAGCGGCCCGGUUGUCAAGAAAGAGGCUGAGACUGGCUCGCUUACGCCGCAAAGCGUUGCUGAACACCCUCAAAGUUCGACGCCUGUCCCCAACGGCAAUGGAAGCCAUCCCAUGAAACGCGCCAUCAGUCAUGAGAGUGGCUCCCAGACUGAAGGUGGAGAAACAGACGCAAGUGGGCGAAGAAGCAAGCGCCUUCGAAAGGAUGCACCACCACCUACCGUCGCGGGUUCACACAUGAGCCUCCUCCGGCCUGCUCCGCCUCGGGCACGCAAAAGCGACAGUCGGAAGAUCGGUGAUAAAUGCGAAGUUUGUGGCAAGUCCGAGGAUCGACCUUCGAUACUUGUGUGCGACAGUUGCGACCAGGGUUACCAUAGAAACUGUCUUGAUCCUCCUUUGACGAAUAUCCCCGAGUAUGACUGGCACUGCCCCAAGUGCCUGGUCGGCACAGGCGAGUUCGGGUUUGAAGAAGGCGGAGUCUACUCGCUCAAGCAGUUCCAGGAGAAAGCAAACAGCUUCAAGAAGAAUUAUUUCGCCUCCAAAAUGCCUUUUGACCCGGUGCUGAAUACUCACCGGCGGGAGUCUGAGGAUGACGUGGAACGCGAAUUUUGGAGACUGGUCGAGAGCUUGACUGAAACCGUCGAGGUUGAGUAUGGCGCUGACAUCCAUUCGACCACACACGGCAGUGGCUUUCCCACAAUUGAACGCAAUCCGCUUGAUCCCUAUUCAACAGACCCCUGGAACUUGAAUGUCCUUCCUUUCCACGGCGAUUCACUUUUCCGUCACAUAAAGUCGGACAUCUCCGGUAUGACAGUUCCUUGGGUUUACGUGGGCAUGUGUUUUUCGACAUUUUGCUGGCACAACGAAGAUCACUAUGCCUACUCGGCCAAUUAUCAGCAUUUCGGCGCAACAAAGACUUGGUACGGUAUUCCUGGAUCCGACGCAGAAGCAUUCGAAGAGGCAAUGCGCCAAGCGGUUCCAGAGCUUUUCGAGGGUCAGCCUGAUCUACUUUUCCAACUUGUCACUCUGAUGCCACCCGAUCAGCUGAAAAAGGCCGGAGUAAAUGUAUACGCUCUUGAUCAACGAGCUGGGCAAUUUGUCAUCACCUUCCCCCAGGCAUACCAUGCUGGUUUCAAUCACGGAUUCAACUUCAAUGAAGCCGUGAACUUCGCCCCUGCGGAUUGGGAGCCUUGGGGCGCAAUGGGCGUUGAGAGACUCCAGGCUUUCCGCCGCCACCCGUGCUUCUCCCACGAUGAACUGCUUCUGACGGCAGCCGCUCGGGAUACUUCGAUUACGACGGCUAAAUGGCUAGCUCCGGCUCUUCAACGGACAUGCCACCGAGAGGUUGCAGAGAGAGCAGCAUUCAUCCAUCGACAUCGUGAAAUAGCACCGCACAACUGCGCGCUUGGUUCAUCGGACUCCUCAGCUUCUGGUGGAUGCCAACUGAAGUUUGUGAUGGAAGAAGAAGAUCUUCCAGAAGAUGCCUACCAGUGUCAGUAUUGCAAGGCGUAUACAUACCUGACGCAGUUUCGUUGUCACAAGUCCGGCAAGACAGUGUGUCUGCUGCAUGCGGAGACUUUUGAUUGCUGCGGAGACUCGCCCUCUCAGCGGCUGUUAGGCCCAGACCAUACGCUGCGUUACAGGAUGAGUGAUGACACACUGAAAGCCGUCGUGCAGAAGGUCCAGGAGCGUGCCAGGAUCCCGGAAGCGUGGGGGGAGAAGCUUGACAAGGUUCUGGAAGAUGAGCCGAAACCCCAACUGAAGGUCCUUCAUAGCCUACUAAGCGAAGGUGAGAAAAUCCCAUACCACCUGCAUGGUCUCCAAGAUCUCGCGGCCUUCGUCCAGCGCUGCGAUAAGUGGGUUGAAGAAGCAACCAACUACAUCACCCGGAAGCAGCAAAACCGGAGGAAAAACGAGAAGGCUUGGCGCAAGAGUACUUCUAAGGCCGCGCAGCUGGAGGAACGUGAUCGUGAAGUUCGCAGGAUAGAAAACAUGUACGCCCUUCUUGCAGAGGCUGAUAAACUUUCCUUCGACUGUCCACAGAUGGCGGCUCUGGAAGAGAAAACCCGCGAGAUCGAGAAAUUCCGCCAGGACGUUAACGUUGCCCUUAUGAACCCCCAUAUACGGUCGAUCCAGGAAGUGGAAGAGUUGGUGGAAUCUGCUCGCAAUUUCAAUGUGGAAAUACCCGAAGUGGAAGGAUUGGAGCAUAUUCUUCGACAAAUGAGGUGGAAUGAUGAAGCGCGUCGCAAGCGUGAUCAGUACAUGACGCUUAAGGAAUGUCAAGAACUCGUCCAGGCUGGCGAACAAUUGGGACUCUCCGAAACCAACGAACAUCUCAGUCACUUCAAGGAGUUGUGCCGGCACGGUGAGACUUGGGAAGCGAAAGCGAAGGAGUUGAUGUCUGUAGAAUCCGUUCACUAUCAACAACUCGAAGCCUUGUCUGCGCAGGCGCUACGCUUCCCCGUCUCUCCGGAAACCCUCUCGGCCGUCGACGCGAUAUUGACCAAACAGCGUGAAGCGCAGAAGAAAAUACAGAGUCUAUACGAGCGGAGCAAGAAUCCAGAUUUCAGAAAGCGUCCGAAGUAUAAAGAAGUCCGUGAACUGAUGGAUUCUCUGGAGGCAUUGAAUAACCGGCCCACGGGAGCAAUUGACCUGGAGCGUGAGCAAAAGCGUCACGAAGAUUGGAUGCGAAAGGGGAAAAAACUAUUCGGGAAAGCCAACGCCCCUUUGCACAUCUUGAAAUCUCACAUGGAGUAUGUGGAAAAGAGGAAUUCAUAUUGCUUCGAUUUGGAAGAUCGCUGCCGGCCACCUGUGGAACCCUCAUCUCGAGAUAACACCCCCGACGGUCUUUUGGAGAACCACACCACGACAACCACCACCAGCAGCAUGUGGGGUGGUGGGAAGUCUCGAAAGCGGGAUGUCUUCUGCAUUUGCAGGCAUUCCGAGGCCGGGAUGAUGAUUGAAUGUGAGGUCUGCCAUGAGUGGUAUCACGGUAAAUGCUUAAAGAUCGCAAGGGGAAAAGUCAAGGAGUUUGACAAGUAUACUUGUCCCAUCUGCGACUGGCGCCAGAAGAUUCCCCGAGAUGCUGCUCGCCCCAAGCUCGAGGAUCUCCAGGAUUGGCAGGCCGAAAUCCCAGGUCUCCCUUUCCAGCCUGACGAGGAACAAGUCUUGGAGAAUAUCAUUAACCAAGCAACUACCUUUCGUGAUUUUAUACAGAGCUUUACCAAUGCGGCUUGCACAACGACGGAAGAGGUGCCUACGUUAGUCUUCUACCUGCGCAAGAUCGAGGGCGCCGAGGUAUUGUUGGCAUAUGAGACGAAUUUCUUCCGCCAAGAGAUCCAUAAAUGGGCACCUGUUGCUCCGGAACCGCCACCAAUACUGGAGCAGUCUCUGUCGACACGCAAACCACGCCCGACAAAGCAGCAGAAAAUAAUGGCGCAGUUGGGCGUUGAGCGUCCAGAAGAUCUUCCUCCUCAUCUGCGUACCAAGCAACCGAACCAUGCGAAGCGAAAGUCUCUCGAAUCGCAAACCCCUCGACCAGCAAUACUGCAGCCUACACCUCACACUCCCGGUGAAGACUUCAAUCGCACCGGCCCAGCGUUGACUCCCAUGACGGAUGCACAAAAUCCCCCGUAUCCUUUCUCUGCCAAUUACUCUCUUCCUGCUAGCGACUCUACUCCGGCAUUUGCACCCGGAGCGUCUGCAUUCCUGCCGCAUGUUUCAGCACACUCGCCUUCAUUUCCUCCGCGAUCUCCAUCACCGCAUCAUGGGCUCGACAGCGCUCUGUUCAGCUCUCCUCGGUUUAACCGAGAUCCUACCGAGGGUCCUCCAGUAGUUGACGUGGACAAUCAGGACCCCUUUAACAGUAGUCCUCGACACAAUCUGGAUGAUGUUUUCGCAGAUUUGACGAACCAAGAUGCGGAGCCCGAGCCAGAACCGGAGCCUAUGGAGAACACGCAUGCUAACGAAGCAUUGGAGGCACUCGAUGCAAGUAAUGGCGGGGACCACUCUGACGCUAUGCAAGACGACGACUCUCCUGAUACUGGAGUAGAUGGUGACAUGAACGGUCAAGCCGACGCCGAAGACACAACAGAGAGUUCUUGA